CAGCAUCCCCAAAUGCAGCGCUAAAAGCGUCGCUAACGUCAAGUACUUCAUCUACAUUCCCUUGUGAUAUGUGGCAAAUUUUAUAUUGACCAAUCAACGAGAGGCAUGCAUUAUUUUGAAUAAACCGUUUGAAGUUUGAAAAGGCUGGCAAGUUUAGCUAUUUCUUUCGCUUCGUUAUCUUUAUUUUCCUGAUGUAAGUGAUUACUAAAAGAAGUACAUCCUUCAUCAUGGACGCUUGAGUACAGUGAUUUAUGUCGAAAAUACGAUAUUAUAUUAUUAGCUGCAUAUGUGAGCUCUUGUACGUAUAUAUAAAUGUGAUAAACUGAUAUUUGGAACUUCAAAAUUGUUGCUACGGUGCAACGACACGUAUGCGUGCGGCGUGUGUGUAUGUGCAUAUAUGUGUAAAUUCCUCAUUACAGUACGAAUUUUUUCAAGUGUUGUUUUGAUAACUUAUUGCGGAAAACAUUGUUAUUUAUUAUUUGAAUCAAGAACAAAGAGUGUUUAUUUCGUUUAAAAUGGAUAAGACAAAUAUGGCCCAUCAUCAGUUAUCUGCAAAAACAUUAAAAAUUAAUAAUUUCAAAAGUUUGCACAUUUCCAACCCAGUUUUAACAGAGAUGAUUGCUCCAUCGGGAUGUAUAAAAACUACGAAGAAUGAUAACAAAGAGAAUUGUGAAGUUAGUUCAACGAGCAAUGAAAUUAACCAAAAGGAGACUAAUUCGGCAAAGAAGUCAGUGGAAUUAAUGCCACCACCUAAAUUACCAGGAACAGUCACUUAUUCAAGUACCGAAACUUUGCCGAAAUCUGCUAACUUUGCACAAGAUCAAAAGAAUUCCAAUAGUGAAAAAAGCAAAGAGAGUAAUGAUAAAAGUGAAGACGUCCAGAAAGAUGGAUCCAAUACAAACUCAAACAGUGGAAAUAACGAGAAUGAAAGUCAAAAGAAAUGGGUAUUGACUGAUUUUGACAUCGGUCGACCCCUAGGUAAAGGAAAAUUCGGUAAUGUUUACUUAGCCAGAGAGAAGAGGUCGAAAUUUAUAAUAGCUAUGAAGGUCUUGUACAGAUCGCAAAUAGAUAAUGCAAAUAUCUCGCAUCAAGUACGAAGAGAAAUAGAAAUCCAGACUCACUUAAGGCAUCCAAAUAUCUUGCGGAUGUAUGGAUAUUUCUAUGACGACAAGCGAAUUUACUUAAUAUUAGAAUAUGCACCAAAAGGGGAGCUGUAUAAGGAACUGAAUAAUCAACCUAACAAACGGUUUGAUGAAGCAAGAACAGCUACUUAUAUAGCGCAGCUAGCAGACGCGUUGAAAUACUGUCACAGCAAGGGCGUUAUUCAUCGAGACAUUAAACCUGAGAAUAUACUCCUUGGAGUAAAUGGUGAAUUGAAAAUAGCCGACUUUGGAUGGUCUGUGCAUGCUCCUUCCUCCCGAAGAGACACCUUGUGUGGCACUUUGGAUUAUUUGCCACCCGAAAUGGUAUCUGGCAAAACGCAUAAUCACACAAUUGACUUUUGGAGCAUUGGAGUAUUAUGUUAUGAAUGUUUGGUUGGCAAACCACCAUUCUAUGCGACAACUAAUGACGAAACAUAUGUAAAUAUAAAAAAAUUACGAUAUACGUUUCCGAGUUUCGUCGGCGAAGGCGCGAAGGAUUUAAUUUCGAAGUUGAUAGUUAUUGAUCCUGAAAAGAGAUUAGAUAUGGAUGGCCUCCUCGCGCAUCCUUGGAUUGUAAGCAAUCGACAAAUAACAAAUAAGAAAUGAGAUGUUUAGCCGUAUGUAAAGCUUAAUUAUAUUAGAGAUAUAAACUUGCUUAAACAUGAUACAUAAAUCUAUCAAGCAAAUCUAAACUCUUUCGAUGAUCAUCGGAAGAUUGAUAAUAAACGAUUGCCUUUAUUAAUAUUAUCAAUUAUAUAUCUAAAAUAUUUUUUUUAUACAAAUAAAUGGUAUUGGGAUUAUGUACGUAACGAAGCUCUUAGUCGAUACAUUUUUUUAAUUGAAAAUCAAUUUUUUAUUUGACGAAAUAUGUACAUCGCCAUAUCGCUUUCGUUUUUCUUAAUUUCGCGCAUGCGUUUUUGUUUUAGCAGAAUAGACUGAAUUGGUAGAAAUCGAGAUUGUAAAUAAACGCGGAGAUUGUAUGAAAAAUUAUAUUAAAGCUAUUUAAUUGAAAAUAUAAAAAAACUCGUAAAUCUCUGUACACGUAAUUAAAACAAAAGGGAGAAACUCGUUGAACAAUUUUAUUGUAUGAUUGAUGGAAACUUCACUAAAGGUCACUGUUAUUCUAAUAUAUAAUAUAUUCAUAUCAUUUCUGUACUGAUGUAUACCUAGGAAA